UUUGCGUUUGACUUCACGCUACUCUCUCUCUCUCUCUCUUUCUUCACCGUUCUUUCUCUCUCUUCCUCAGCCUUUAAAUUUCACUCAACAGGGAAAAUUUCUUCAGUUCUUCACCAUAAGCCUUUUGUCAUUUGAGCUCUGGUCUGUUCUGGGAACUCUGCGGCUUUGUUCAUAAACAACGCAAGAGUUCACACUAUCGCUCUCACCCGCAGUCAAAGCUUUGUCUCUGAAUCGUUAUGAAUAAUCAAACGCUUCUCUUUUUCAAGAUCAGUGCCCCCAUCUAAAGCUUCCCCUACAGAAAAACAAGAAAAGAAAAAAAAAAAGAUUCCUUCUUUAGAGCUUUCGGAGAAGACAGACAGUCAUGGCAGGCAGUAGCGAAAUCAACGCUAGGGAAUCCAAGAGUGUGGUUCCACUCAACACCUGGAUUCUCAUAUCAAAUUUCAAGGUGGCUUACAAUCUGCUCAGGAAGCCUGAUGGCACAUUCAACCGUGAGUUGGCUGAGUUUCUUGACAGGAAAGCCAUGGCAAAUACCAUUCCAGUUGAUGGGGUUUACUCUUUUGAUGUUCUGGAUGGGGCCACCAAUAUCCUUAACAGGAUAUACAAACCUGCCCCCGAGAAUGAGGCUCGUUGGGGUUUGCUAGAACUCGAGAAUCCUUUGAGUACAACUGAGGUUGUUCCUGUUAUCGUGUUCUUCCAUGGUGGAAGCUUCACUCACUCCACGGCUAAUAGUGCUAUCUAUGAUGCGUUUUGCCGGAGGGUUGUUAGGAUUUGUGAUGCGGUGGUGGUUUCUGUGGACUAUCGUCGCUCCCCUGAGCACCGAUACCCUUGUGCUUAUGAGGAUGGGUGGUCUGCUCUUAAGUGGGUUCACUCUAGGGAAUGGCUGAAGAGUGGGAAGGAGGGUAAGGUCCAUGUUUACCUAGCGGGUGAUAGCUCGGGUGGGAAUAUCGCUCACCAUGUUGCGGUGAAGGCUGCAGAGUCGGGUGUCGAGGUUUUGGGGAAUAUUCUCCUGCACCCGAUGUUUGGUGGGGAGCAGAGGACCGAGUCGGAGACGAAAUUUGAUGGGAAGUACUUUGUGACGGUCCGAGACAGGGAUUGGUACUGGAGGGCCUUUCUGCCCGAAGGGGAAGAUAGAGAUCAUCCGGCUUGUAACAUAUUUGGCCCGAGGAGCAGAAGCCUCGAGGGGCUAAAGCUCCCGAAAAGUCUCGUUGUUGUGGCUGGCUUUGACAUCUCUCAGGACUGGCAGUUGGCUUAUGUCGAAGGGCUUAAGAAGUCCGGGCAAGACGUGAAACUUCUGCAUCGUAAGCAGGCAACCAUCGGCUUCUAUUUCCUGCCCAACAAUGACCAUUUUUAUACCCUUAUGGAGGAGAUAACGGACUUCAUCCACCCCGACUGUUCAUAAAUCACCUAACUUCAAUUACAGGCACCUAUAUGGCUAUAUACAUAACAUAAGCGUUGACAUAUCUCCCCAGUCCCCCCGUGUUUUUGCUUCCUUUUGCCAGUUAAUAUUAUCGUGAUAUCGUGUGUAGCUAGUUAUAAGGUUGUGUAGAUUUACUUGUUCCUGUUUUCGACUAGUAGAAACUCUGCAUCUUCCUAGGUAUCUAUGUUGUCUUCCUAGGUAUCGAAAGUCGUAAGUCUGUCCUAUGGUUCCCAAUUCACAUCACUUUCAGGAGUCCAGCAGAUCUGUUGCUCGAGCCUCUCGCGUUUCAGCAGGUGUGAUGGUGUUGAUUCGAGCUUCCCCUCGUUGGCUGGCUGUGAAGACGCAAAUCGUGGAUCAAAAUCUCAUCUUUUGUUAUGCUUUAGCUAGGUAGACUUCACUGGAGUGAUGUAUUGAAUCUAUUCAGUUACUGAGUAUCCAAGAAAAAAAAAAAAACUAAUUUUAGGACAUGAAUUGGGAAACCUAUGCUGUUGUUUAGCUUUUGUUUGUAUGUUUUACUAUGUUGUACUGUGCCUUAGAAAUACAUAAAACAUUUUGGUUUAAUUUCU